AUGAACACCAAAACACUCAUCGAGCAUCCACCGCUGCAGCCUAUGGACAUGAAGAUUCUUGAAUUCCGCAAGUGGUUCUCUCAGUUCCUCAGCGAGAACAGCCCCACCUGGCAAACAGUGCGAGAACGCACGCUGCAGUGGUAUCCCCGCCAAGAUCUAAUUCCUGUCUUUCCCAAUGGAUGGAUCCCCGUGUUGGAAUCAUCUGAGCUCGGAAAGGAGGAUGUCAAACGAAUAGACCUUCUCGGCUUGGAGCUGGUGGCAUUCCGGACCAGAGAUGGCGUUGCCUGCGUAGCUGACGCCUACUGCCCGCACCUGGGCGCCCACCUUGGCUCGGUGGGCCGCGUGGUGGGAGACUGCAUCGAGUGCCCAUUCCACGGCUGGAGGUUUAGCGGCACGACAGGAGCUUGCACUCACGCACCUUUCGCGCCUAAAGUUCCGGAGUUUGUGAAACUGAAAAAAUGGGAAGUACACGAAGUGCUAGGAUUCCUGUUUGUGUGGCACCACGCCGAAGGGGAAGAGCCGUCCUGGCGCAUCGAGGACAUUCCCCAGAUCACCAACGGCAACUGGAAGCUGUUUUGCCGUUUCGACAACAGAAUCAGCUGCCACAUUCGAGACAUCAUCGAAAAUGGUUUCGACACGGCUCACGUGAAGCACUUGCACAAGCCAAACGUCCUUCUUUCUGCCGACACAUUUUUACGAAGCGGUGGAGAGAGCCUUUGGGCGCGUUGUACGAUGAACCAUUGGACAGCCAAGAACAGGGUCGAGGCGCACAGAUGUUUCAACGAAUUCGAUGCCGAUGUGUCGAUCCUCGGCAAGCGGAGGCAAGUCUUCCGGACUAUGGUGAAAACACAAAACAUUGGGCCGGCGUUGAUACUAGAUCAUGUUCAGAGCAAAUUUGGGACCGCCUGGGUGGUGAUGGCGGUACUUCCCGAGAAGCCCCUACAAAUGCGCCUCAUUCAGAGGAUGCACUUUGAACCGAAUGCCUCGUGGUUCUUCCGGUACUUCCUUAGCAAGGCUCACCUCUAUCAGUUUGAAAGAGACAUCUUGAUAAUGAACACCAAAAGUCUCAACGAGCGUCCACCGCUGCAGCCUAUCGACAUGAACAUACGUGAAUUCCGCAAGUGGUUUUCUCAGUUUCUCAGCGAGAACAGCCCAACCUGGCAAACAGUACGAGAACGCACACUGCAGUGGUAA